AUGACUAAGCUUGGAUUUGUUCUUCUCGCUGCCCUGGCUGGCAGCGCUGCCGCCGCUCCUUCAGCUCCAGCUAUUACUCAAGCUCCCGAGGUGCACGCCUACGGCAAGCGUGCUACCAGCUGCACCUUCUCCGGUUCCGAUGGUGCUGCAAAGGCCAGCAAGUCCCAGGCUUCUUGCGCCACCAUCGUCCUCAACAACGUCGCAGUCCCCAGCGGUGUGACUCUCGAUCUCAGCAAGCUCAAGGACAACACCAAGGUCAUCUUCAAGGGUACCACAACCUGGGGCUACAAGGAGUGGAAGGGUCCUCUCAUGAAGAUCUCUGGAAACAAGAUCACCGUUGAAGGAUCCGGUGCUAUUCUCAACGCUGGUGGUGAGAAGUACUGGGAUGGCAAGGGUGGAAACAGUGGCAUCACGAAGCCCAAGUUCUUCGCUGCUCACAAGCUUACCGACUCCAAGAUCAACAACCUUUACGUCAAGAACACCCCUGUCCAGGCUGUCAGCAUCAACGGCGUGAACGGUCUUGAGAUCAACAAGUUCACUCUUGACAACAAGGAUGGUGACACAAAGGGUGGCCACAACACUGAUGCUUUUGACAUCGGUUCCUCCACUGGCGUUACCAUUGAUGGCGCCAAGGUCUACAACCAGGAUGACUGUGUUGCUGUUAACUCUGGAAAGAACAUCAUUUUCAAGAACGGCUACUGCCACGGUGGCCACGGUCUCUCCAUCGGCAGUGUCGGAGGCCGCGAUGAUAACGUCGUCGACAACGUCCAGUUCCUCAACUCUGAGGUGGCCAACUCUGCCAACGGUAUCCGCGUCAAGGCUUUCAAGAACCACACCGGAAAGAUCAACAAGGUCACCUACUCCGACAUCACCCUCACCAAGAUCCAGAAGUACGGCAUUCUCGUCGAGCAGAACUACGAUGGUGGCGACCUCCACGGAGACCCUACCAGCGGCCUUCCCAUCACCAACCUCACUCUCAAGAACAUCAAGGGCAAGAACGCCGUUGACGCCAAGGGAAAGAAUGCUGCUAUCGUCUGUGGCAAGGGAGCUUGCACUAACUGGACUUGGUCCAACGUUCAAGUUUCUGGUGGUAAGAAGUACGACAGCUGCCAGAACGUUCCCAGCGUUGCUUCUUGCUAA